CGCCCAAUUGUGCAGGCAGAACGGGCCGGAUACCUUCGCUCCCGGAGGAGGGUGGGGACGUUGAUGUCGGCAGGCGCUGCAGCUGCAAAUUCGGAGCAGGAUGUUGGAGCGUCGACGAAAUUCUCUAAAUGAGGAAAGCUGUAUUUCUUCCUGGGACUUGAGCUAAAGCAUUCUAUCAUGGGCCAGCACUUCUCAAGCCAAACACACACAGUUGUAAAUAAGCUACCAGAAAAAGUUGUCAAGCAUGUCUCUCUUGUUCGAGAAAGUGGUGUCUUAACAUAUGAAGAGUUUUUGGGAAGAGUAGCUGAACUGAAUGACACGACUGCACAAUUAGCUUCUGGCCAGAACAAGCAUCUGUUGUUUGAAGUGCAGCCAGGUUCUGAUGCUACAGCUCUUUGGAAGGUGGCUGUUCGGAUAGUAUGUACUAAGAUAAACAAGACAAGUGGGAUUGUUGAAGCUUCAAGAAUCAUGAACUUGUAUCAGUUCAUUCAACUUUAUAAAGAUAUCACAAGUCAGGCUGCACAUGUUCUUUCUCAGAAUGUUCCCUCAGAAGGAACAGCAGAAGAUCUGUCAUCUGUUGCAUCUUGUCAGGCCAGCAUUUGGAUGGGAAGGGUGAAACAGCUAACUGAUGAAGAAGAAUGUUGCAUUUGUAUGGAUGGACGUGCUGAUCUGAUCUUGCCAUGUGCCCACAGCUUUUGUCAGAAAUGCAUUGAUAAAUGGAGUGGUCGUCACAGGAAUUGCCCUAUAUGCCGUCUACAAGUGACUGCUGCAAAUGAUUCUUGGGUUGUAUCUGAUGCACCUACAGAUGAAGAUAUUGCCACUUACAUACUCAACUUGGUGGAUGAGGCAGGCCAGCCCCAUAUACCCUGACGUUAGCAAUGUUCAUAGUCUUAACAUCUCCCAAGAUAUCAUUUUUAUUAUUCUUCAUUUCUUUACUCAUUACACUGGUUUCUAGAAGCUAAGUCAUUAUCCUUCAGAAGCGGCUAGUUGUGUGAAAGCCAAUCUGAAUGUAUGAUUUUCAUUAAUUUCUCUGAUAAUAUUUGCAGUAAAUACACUACGAAUUUUCUGAUAUUUUAUGAGGUACUGGAAUAGGAAGUAUUUUAGUUCUGGUAUAACUGUUAAGUGCUAACUUGUUAAAAUUUGAUUUCAUUGUCUCAGUUGCAAACAAUAUAGGUAGUUGUCCAACACUGUCUAAAAAAUAAAGUUUAAUGCUUAAAUGUGAAUUAAAAUGACUAGAGUCCUUGAACUUAGUAGCUUCUGUUCUCCCAUGUAAUUAAUGUUGCCACUGUUAUUUACAUGUGUUUGGUUAAAUCAAUAAUUAGUACGUUCUGUUCCUAUAACUUUUAUGGAAGCAAAUUAUUUUUUAUAGAUGAUUGACUUUUUCAUUUCUAUUCAAAAACAAUUUUCUAAGCAAGUAUUAAUUACUUAUAGUUUGCCUAUGCAGUAUCAUGGAUGGAUCCAGCAAAAGCUUCUUACAGUAGCUUCUCUAUCAGGAGAAGGCUUCUGAUGUAGCAGAAAGCAAUCUUUAUUCCCUUUCUCCCUUCUCUUUGUUUCCUACAUGCCCUGAAAAACUGCCCCAAAGGCUAGAAAUUUUCCAAAACAGUGAAGCUGUGUAGAUAGUAAAAAACCUUCUGUAUUCUGCUCUGUCUUCUUGCAAGUGCUUCUGGGAAAAUGCAUGCUCAUUACACGUCAUAAAAUCUGGCUGAAACAUGUUUACUGUUAUUUAUUUUGUUUUGUUUAGCUUAGCCUUCAAUUUACCAGUUUGUAAAAUUUGCCAUUAUGAUGAAAAGAAAUGGUAAAGCACAGAGAAUUCUUGGUUUCUUUUCCUGUAGUUGCAAUCUGAAGCAAAAAUCUCUUAUUUUAUUGUGACCACUUUGCUUUAAUGUAGUAUGUAUGUUGUAGUCAAGUGUUGGGGUCAGGUAUGACAAUGUGUCCUUAGCUGUUAACUUACCAGGUGACUUUGAUAGAUGCCAGAAAGCCACCAUUUUCCAAUUCACAAAAUUGGUACUGAGUGAUUUUUUAAAAUUUAUUUCAAAUGGCCGCUUAAAAAUGGCCCUGGCCCAAAAAGAUCAACUCCUUAGGCAGAUUGAGCCAAAGCAAAUCCCCAGAUUGAUGUGGUACUUAUGUUGGAUUUUAUACUUUUCACAACUACUAUAAUUAUAAUUACUAUUCACAGAAUGGAUUUGGUGCCACACAAGAAAAGAUGGAUUAAUAGUUAAAUAUUAUGAAGGGUUUAUAGCCUUAUUUGGAAUUGGCUGAUAAAUGUGUAUAAUAAAAUUGUUUUCUAUUCUUGCUGAAAUGUUGCAUGUAAAUAUAGGUUACACUAAUUAAAUUGCAAAUCUGCAAUAUUAGCUAAAACAUCUCUAUAAAUUACAUCCGUAUUGAACGGUAGCACUUCAGAAUAUGGCAGACAUUGUGGUUUUUGAGAGAUUAUCAAAUUUGGCUAGAUUAGUAAAAUAUAGCAGAAGUUAUUCUUUUUCUCUUUAUUUAAUGUGAUGUGCUGAAGAGAAGGUUUGAAGAGCAAUUCUUAUUACUUAUCUAAGAAAGCUUUGAUGUACAGAAAUCACACAUUCUUUAAAUCACUUGCGAAUAUUCUUUCUGACAAUUGAUUUUAAAUGGGCUGUGAAAUUCAGAGUAAGCAGAACAUGUUUUUCUUGUUUUUGUUUUGGAGUGUUUUUUCACUUGCUAUAAAGCAGAUUGUGGGUUUGAUUUUCUCCACAUCCGUAGAUAUAUUUGGACUCGCGCUGUUGUGAAUAACACUUUAACAUUGACAUGGUAGAAACAAUAAGCCAUUCUUUGUUUUUCUUCAUAUAAGGUUUGAUUUGAUAGCACAAAUUGUUGCAGUGCAAGCAUUAGACCAUUAAAUCCUGACAUUACUUUUCUUUUUUUCCUGUCAUGAGUAUAAAUACUGUGUCCCAAAUCUUGAAGAGAUGGAAAUGUUAAAAUAUGGGUUUGCAGAGUAUAAUGCCAACAGAGGGGAACAUAUAAUUAUGGGUUCUGUAAUUUCACAGUUUGUAAAUAAGUGUAAAGUGAACAUGUGAAUUGUAUAGUGUUUAUAUCUUUUUAAAUAAAUACAUUGGUAUAAGUACUGUAAUGUGUAUCUUGUAAAUUAUAUCUAUCUAUCUAUUGUAGGUGUAUUUUACAGAU